AUGGCGGGCUGCUCCUGCCGCCCGCUAGCGGCUCGGGCCUUGGGCCCCUUAUCUCCAGUCCGUCUCUGGCGCUACGGCCAGACUGUGCACGGGACACUCGGCCUGAAGCUAUCAAUAAUGCUGGUGAGUGUUUUUUUUGGCUUGAAGGGGGUUCUGGACUCGCUGACGAUCGAGGCGCUACUCCCUCUCUUUCGAGAACUAAACUAUGACGGCGUGGCGUAUCAGCGCACCCUGGCGAUGGCGCUCACGCCGUAUGCCCUCAAGGGGUUUAUAGGCAGCGUGAGCGACUACUUCCCCAUUGCGGGGUACCACAAGAAGUACUACAUGUUGGGCUCGAACCUGGUGGGCUUGGGUUGCGCCGUGGCGUUGGUGACGCUACCCGCGCGGGUAACGAGCAGCAGCAUUAUGUACGUGGGGUUGUUGUAUUGCGGCAUUCACCUGCACAUCUCAACAGCAGACCUGCUCUGUGAGGGCGUCUACUGCAAGGUGGUGCAAGCCCAUCCAGCGGUGGGUGCAAAGCUCGUUGCCUUUCUCUCCUUCUGUAACUCCACAGGCCACUUGGUGGGCAAGACGCUGGUGGGCCCCAUCAGCGACGCCUUUGGAACGGCACCUCUUUUGUACAUGACGGUGCCGCUGGUGCUGCAGACGCUCGCACCGAUCCUCUUCAACUUCUUGGGGGAGAGCAAGGCAGAGGCUCGGGAGAUGGGCAGCGCCCUGACGCGAGACAGAAGCCAUCGCGGUGUCUUUACAGUUGCAGUUCUCACAUCUGUCAGCGCAUGCGUUGCGCUCGUGCUCACGCUGCAGACGUGGAGGGGCUGGGCUGUUGUGUUCACUGUCUUUGUCGUGGUGCUGCUGGGGGGCGCCUCCUGUUACUUGCUGUCGAGCCGGCUUGCUCUGUGCGCAAUGUUUUUCUUCGCGGAUCGGGUGUUGCAUUUGACGAUAUCGGGAGCUGUGAACUUUUAUUAUAUUGCGCCUCCGUCUUGCGUUCCCGAUGGACCCAACUUUGACUACACAUACUUCUGUACGUACACCGCACUGGUGGGGGCGAUAGGCUGCUGGUUCGGCAUCUACGCCUUUCAAAAAUGGUUUAAGGGCUGGAGCGCCCGCACUAUAUUUUGGCUGACCAACACAGUGCGGAUUCUGGCGGCCUUAUUUGACUAUGUUAUCAUCCGGCGGUUGAAUAUCCGCAUCGGCAUUCCCGACAAAGUUAUGUUCAUGCUGGGGGAUGCAAUCGUAUACCAUUUGCUGCUCACUUUGUCGUGCAUGACCAGCUCGCUCACGGUUGCUCGUUCGUGUCCUCCCAAGCUCGAGUCCACGGUAUAUGCAAUCGUUUCGGGAGUGACAAACCUUGGCAGCACGUGCAGCAAGAUGCUUGGGGCUGUAGCCAUCGAGAUAGCCGGGAUUCAAAUGAAGGAGACGGCGCCUGGAGGCUGCGACUUUCACACGCUACCCAACUUAAUCCUUGUCUCGCAGUGUCUUCUGCCGUGCGCAUGCAUACCUCUGGCUUACUUCAUGCUUCCGAAGGAGCCCCUCAACUCCGCUGUGCCGCCGCAGCAGCGCAGACGCAGCAAAACCGUCUCCAAAGGCAGUAACACCGACCAGAGCAAGACGCCAUGCAACGCACCCCAAGGCAGCCCCACUGCAGAGCCACCCUGCGAUGCUGCUUCGGAGACACUGGCGCUGCACGAGUCGGUGGGGGAGAAAGAGGAAAUGGCGGUGGUGGCCGGCGACGCGGGCUCAAGGCCCCGUAUCGUUGAAGUCUAA